GACGGCUGGACUCCAUUAAGCCCGAGCCUGCAGGACAGCUGGGAUCCUCCACUUCUCGUCGGUUCGUCGGGCCUUUCUCUGCUUUCCGCGGCGGCGCGCGCCUCUCUCCAUGCUGUAGAGGCGAGCGACGUGUUCGGAAGCGUGUUCUCGACUCUGUUUUUCGGGGGGUUCUUCGUCUUUUGUGAAGGAUGGCGCUGGACGGGAUCCGGAUGCCCGACGGCUGCUACGCCGACGGGACGUGGGAGCUGAAGAUGCACGUCACCGACCUCCACAGGGACGUGUCGCUGCGGGUCACGGGGGAAAUCCACAUCGGCGGCGUCAUGCUGAAGCUGGUGGAGAAGCUAGAUGUGAAGAAGGACUGGUCAGACCACGCUCUGUGGUGGGAGAAGAAGAAGACGUGGCUGUUGAAGACCCACUGGACGCUGGACAAGUACGGCAUCCAGGCCGACGCCAGGCUGCUGUUCACGCCACAGCACAAGCUCCUGCGUCUGCAGCUGCCCAACAUGAAGCACAUGAAGGUCAAGGUCAACUUCUCGGACCGCGUCUUCAAGGCCGUGUCAGACAUCUGCAAAACCUUCAAUAUCCGCCACCCAGAAGAGUUAUCUCUACUGCGUAAGCCCCGUGAUCCUAAGAAGAAGAAGAAAAAACUGGAGGAGGUGGAGGAGGAUGACCUGGAACUGGAGGGUCCACUGUUAACCCCUGGAUCAGCCUCUGAGAUCAUUUACAUCGGACCUGUUAAAGGGAGCAUCUACUCCAGUCCAGGCCUGUACAGUAAGACCAUGACCCCCACCUACGACUCCAGAGACGGCAGCCCACUCUCGCCUACCUCCGCCUGGUUCGGGGACAGCCCCCUGUCCGAGGGCAAUCCCAGCAUCCUCGCCGUCAGCCAACCCAUCUCCUCACCAGACAUCCUCGUCAAACUCUACAAGCCCCAGUCCCUUUUGGACAAAGCCAAAAUCAACCAAGGGUGGUUGGACUCAUCCCGGUCUCUGAUGGAGCAGGAUGUGAAAGAGAACGAGGUGCUGCUGCUGAGGUUUAAGUACCACAGUUUCUUUGACCUCAACCCUAAGUAUGAUGCCAUCCGUGUGAACCAGCUCUAUGAGCAGGCCAAAUGGGCCAUCCUGCUGGAGGAAAUCGAGUGUACGGAGGAGGAAAUGAUGAUGUUUGCUGCCCUGCAGUACCACAUCAACAAGCUGUCAAUCAUGUCUUCAGACAACCACAUGAAUAACAGUGAGAAGGAGGUGGAUGAGGUGGAUGCAGCCUUGUCAGACCUGGAGAUCACUCUGGAGGGAGGAAAGACGUCCAACGCUCUGGGGGACAUCACAUCCAUCCCAGAGCUCGCCGACUAUGUAAAAGUCUUCAAACCCAAGAAACUGACACUGAAGGGCUAUAAGCAGUACUGGUGCACAUUCAAAGACAUCACAAUUUCCUGUUACAAGAGCAAAGAGGAGGCGCAUGGGACUCCUGCUCACCAAAUGAACCUUAGAGGUUGCGAGGUCACUCCGGAUGUAAACAUCUCUGGUCAGAAGUUCAACAUCAAGUUGCUAAUCCCCGUAGCCGAUGGCAUGAAUGAGAUCUGGCUUCGGUGCGACACGGAGAAACAGUACGCUCACUGGAUGGCCGCGUGCCGCCUGGCCUCCAAAGGGAAGACCAUGGCGGACAGCUCCUACAACCUGGAGGUCCAGAACAUCCUGUCCUUCCUCAAGAUGCAGCACAUGAACCCUGACCCGCAGUUCAUCGAGCCGAUCACCACCGACAUCAACCCGGAGUGCCUGGUCUCCCCGCGCUAUCUGAAGAAGUACAAGAACAAGCAGCCAGGCUAUAUCAGGGACUUGAUUUCAGCCCGGAUCCUUGAAGCCCACCAGAACGUGGCCCAGAUGAGUCUGAUUGAAGCCAAGAUGCGAUUCAUCCAGGCUUGGCAGUCGCUGCCGGAGUUCGGGAUCACUCAUUUUCUGGCCAAGUUCCAGGGGGGGAAGCGCGACGAGCUCAUCGGCAUCACGUACAACCGCUUGAUCCGGAUGGAUGCCGGCACCGGAGACGCCAUCAAGACCUGGCGCUUCAGCAACAUGAAACAGUGGAAUGUCAACUGGGAGAUCAAGAUGGUGACGGUUGAAUUCGCCGAUGAGCCCAGCCUGUCGUUCAUCUGUGCCGAGGUGGACUGCAAGGUGGUCCACGAGUUCAUCGGCGGCUACAUCUUCCUGUCGACGCGCGCCAAGGACCAGAACGAGUCUCUGGAUGAGGAGAUGUUCUAUAAGCUGACGAGCGGCUGGGUCUGAGCGGCCCGCGCCACCGGGGGCCGGGGGGGCGGGGAACCAUGGCAUAUGGGUUUAUUUUAUUCUGCGUCCGAGUCUUUUUAAUUGUUUGGAGCUGUUCUGAAGUGUCCAGAGUGGCCGACGCCGUUUAUUGUUCUAGUUUUUAUCGGGUUAAUGCCGACGAGGCCGUAUGUUACAACACCAAUGUUCUGGUGAAUUCAGUCCAACUUGAACGUGUAGCCUGCGGUGGUUGAGAAGAAGCCUUACACGUACCUGAACCGCGCAGUAUCCGUUUUCCUGCCUUCCGCUUCCUGGACUCAUCGCCACCAGCUCGCGUUCUAUUAAACUGAUGGCCACAUGUGGUCCCAAAGACCCUCCUGCUCCUCUCACCGUCACCCGCUGGCCUUCAGGUCCACCUCACACCUGUAGACGGCCGUGGCCACAGGUUGCACGCAUGUCCAUCCUUCCCUCCACAUGAAGGGUUUUCUCUAUAUGAAGUCACAUGUAAGCACUUCUACAUUUCACAGUCCCAUUAAUGAAUAAGCUGUCGUUAAGUUUUAGCUUUUGAUGUCUAUUGUUUUUAUUUCAGAGCUUGAGAAUCUCCAUUGAAUCUUCAUUGUGUUAGCUGACGUGUGAAAUUAGGAUUUUAGUAUUUAAUGGGCUGCUAACGAUGAGCAUGUCUGAAGACUACACUACAGUUCACACACUACGAAAACUCAGAUAGCUGUCUUUUUGUUCAUUCAUAAGACUUACCCAUGUGCAUUAACAUUUUGGGCCAUCUGUGUCCAACAUCCUCAUAACACUAAAAAGUUGUUCUGACCUUUUACCUCUUGGCUUGAAUUCCCCGACAUCUCAUUGCUCAGUGCGCGGACUCUUGAUAACAGCAGGGAUCAUUACUCCCUUGUAUCGUACCUUGCUGCGGUUUUGUUUCUCACCAUAAAGUAUUAUCAUUUUUUUAGCAUAACACACCAGCAGAAGGUCACUGAGUAUGAAGAACAAAUAUGCAAUUUUUUUUUGCGGUUUUCUGUCCUCUGUAUGAAGGAGCAGCAGAUGAAGUAUUAUUUUGUAACUAAUGUAAAAACACAAACGUUUUAUAGAAUUGUACAGUUUUUUUUUUCUUUCUGCUUUCGGGGAUUUUGGAAAGGAGGGCAGCCAUCUGCCAACAUGUGGUAUCCAGAAAUAUGUCUGCAUAUGUUUUCAUAUAUAUAAUGAGUAUAUAUACUAACAUGUGUGUGUAUGUAUGUGUGUGUAUAUAUAUAUAUAUAUAUAUAUAUAUAUAUAUAUAUAUAUAUAUAUAUAUAUAUAUAUAUAUAUAUAUAUACACACACACAAGCAUAUAUACUAGUGUGUAUAUAUAGUAAAUAUUCUAGUCUCAGACUCCAGGUUGGAUAAAAAUGUUUGUAGGGUUGCUUUAGUUUCUAAAAUUCCAAUACAUACGCUUUUGCCAUCAUAAUGUGCUCUGUUUUGUUGUAUUUGUUGCUUAAUUUUAUUGACUUUCUGCACAUUCUCUACGAGCAGCUGGCUCGUGUGGUAAUGUGCAUCUGUGGCCUCCAGUUGUAUUUUAACUCGCUCUUUAAACUGAUUGCAUUUUUGGAGCAUUUUAUUUCAGUUGGUGUCUUUUUUUAACUAUAUCACUUAAUUAGGUCUGGUCACAAGCGACGUGUGAUAUUUAAUGUCCAUAUGAAGGAAGCGUACUGUCGUCUAGACCCUGGAGUUUGAGACAAAUCAACAAACAUGAACACAGAUGUAAGAAAACUAAACCUAGUCCGUUUGUGUGUUUUUGUUUGCUUCAGUUCCUGAGCAGCAGAGCAUGUCCUUCUGCUGUGUAACGACUGAAAAAAUGCAUUUAUUUUAAAAAUAAAAUGAUUUUUAUUUAA